AUGUCCUGGUCUGGCAUAAUUCAAUUUUUCAAACAACACGAUGAACCGACUCCGGAACUAGAAAAUUCAAUCUGGCUUAGAGAUUUUGGAUUUCUCGUGGACAUUACAGAGAAAUUAAACGAACUUAAUUUGCAGCUUCAGGUAAGAGACAAAGAACUAGCGGAAAUGAUUUCUGAUAUAACAGCAUUUAUCAAAAAGCUGGAGUUUUGGGAACAAAACCUAAUUAACAGCGAUUCCAAGCAUUUUCCUAUUCUUUCAGAAAAAAUAUCUCAAAAUCCAUUAGAACCCUAUGACAACAAAUAUCAUGUAGAAAUAAUUUCUACCCUGAAGAUUAACUUCAAAAAUCGUUUUAAGGAUUUCAAUGAAAUGGCUUUAGUAGCGCAGUUUGUUGUGUCACCCUUUAUGGAAAUUGAUAUCCAACAGUUUGCAGCUUGUGUUAUGCAGAACUUUGGCGAAGACAUCGCUGCAACAGAAAUGGAAGUCAUUGAGUUUCAAAAUGAUUUAGCCUUAAAAUCGUUAGUCUCAAGUACUGAAUGUAUCUGGCCUAUUGUAAGUAAAGACAAAUAUUCAGUUCUAUGCCGUGUUGCCUUGAAAGUGAAAGCAUUAUUCAGUUCAACCUAUUUGUGUGAGUCUUCUUUUUCCAAUAUGAAGUUUAUUAAGAACAAAUAUCGCAAUCAACUUACAGAUGAACAUUUGGAUAAUUGUAUUCGAAUGGCUGCAUCAAAUUUUACUGCAAACAUUAAAAAAAUUAUCGAUGAGUCUGAGUGUCAGCCUUCUCAUUGA